GCCACACCCCCUCAACCCAGGAAGUUCCGCCCCAGGCUUCACCAUGGCGUUGACUUGCUGCACUGCGCGCCCGAAGUUGGUGGCCUGGAAGCCAGUGGUGCCGAAGGCCUCCAGUAGCGCACGGUAGUCCACGCCGCGGCUGAAGUCGUAGCCUCGGACUUGGGAGCUCUCGGAGGGCAGCGCCGAGCUAUGCUUCAGCACAGCGGCCAGCGCCGCCGCGGGUGCCUUCCCUUCCGGAAGACCCUCCAUGCUCCCGCGGCCGCACUCUCAGAUCACAGCCGCCCAGACCAGGCCUCCAGCGGCCUCGAAACGCACUAAGCCCCGGCACGCGCUUCUAUAUGACAGUGCAGGAAGUAGGGCUCUGGAAAACCUGCAGAAGGGGACGGGAAGUUGCUCAGUCACGUGACUCUUUGAGCCCCACAAUCCAGGGCGCGGCCAUGUUUGCGCAUGCGUUUCCGUAAUAUGGAAGCCGCGAGGAGCCGUUAUUGCCUGUUUCGCGUCUUGUCAGCCCGAGAUGAAUGAAGAGUCCUGCUUUCACUGCCGCCUGCUGGAGACCCACCGCGUUGCGCGGCGCUUUCCCAUUCGUUUCUGUCCCUUUGGGAAGGAGGAUGGCUUCUUAGACGUCGCCCUAGGACAGGAUUCGAGUCAUCAGGAAAUGUCAGAUAAUUUCUGGCCCUGAGCGUCUCUCAUCAAAUGGUGUAGUGAUCGCUGUCCGUACCAGAGCCUCCACAUGCUGCGUAACCCUCUGGUCUUCCCCUGGUAGUUGCGGCCGUCACUUCUGGGAAGCCUUCCCUGACCGUCCUCUGGGUAAGGGACCUCCUCUGGGAUCCAGGGCUGACCUCUCUUUCCCUCCAGCAAGACUGUGAGACCCUCGAAGGUGAGAUGUCCAGCAAGGUGGCCAUUGGCAGCGACAUCGGGCAGGCCCGCCGGGCUGUGGAGCAGCUGCGGAUGGAGGCAGGCAUCGACCGCGUGAAGGUGUCCAAGGCGGCUGCCGACCUGCUGCAGUUCUGCACAGAGCAGGCCAAGAGUGACCCCUUCCUUGUGGGCAUCCCAGCUGCCACCAACCCCUUCAAGGAGAAGAAGCCCUGCACCAUCCUGUGACCUUCAUGGCCCUGACUACCCAGAUGGCCUCAAUAAAAAUGAAGUGAAUGAUCCUCAGGA